AAGAAUUGGAGCAGUCACAGGGGCACGGGCCAGGUGUGCUCUUUGUGAAAAGCGUCUGCGACUGCCACUCCUCAACUUGACCGACAAUUCAAUAAGGAACCCACACACCCCUCUCUGGAUGUAUUAAUUCAUGGUGAUUUGGGGGUUGGUUGCUGAGGCCUAAGGAAGAAUGAGUCGUCGCGGGAGCAGGAGGAGGAACAGUAGGCGAAGGAAGAGCUCCACCAGCAGUAAACAGGGUGUAUCUCCAUACGUUUUUCGAAAACAAAACAAAAGUAACAGUGUGGUGGAUGACAUAACUGAGAAAGGAGAAAUUGAGUCAUUACACAAAGAAAAUAUUUUGUCAGCAUCCGAUGAGGAAGAGGAACAAUCCAGUGAGAUUCCAAGCAAAGAGAAAAAGCUCAAGCGAGACAGUCAGCGGAGGUCCUCCCAAAACAACAGGACAUCUAGCAUUACAAAACAAGAGGACAAAGACAGACAGGUGAAAUUCACAACUUCGGUGAUAAUUGACGAUUUGCAACAAUCUUCUUCGAAAAUAAUUUUUCGCCACUGUCACAUUGGCUCGAAUGUGAAAUUUGAAAUUCAAGAAAUUCUACCAUCUGACCACUCGGGUACUGAGACAGUGUACGUAUUCCAAAGUCAAGAGGGGGCAACGGCAGAGUCCUGCGCCCAGAGUCAGUGUGACAAGGGACUCAGUCCAGAUAACGACUCGUUUCUACAGUCGUGGACUCUAAAACCAAAUGUGAACUUAACAGUGCACAGUCAAAACCAGCUGCACAGCUAUGAACUUAGUGUUCCAAAAAGCAGCCGGGACACAUCGGUUCCCGCAAGACAUAGCACUGCCUCAAGGUGUUGGGGGAAAUCUGCCUGCCGCAAAAGCUGCUGCGACGAACAAUACACAUUAUACGGCUCACCACUCAACGACACCGACCUGACGACAGCAGGCGAGUCCUCAAGCCUAAACCAUUUGUCCGAAUUCUGGCGAAGCACUGAUGCACUCUGGGACAUUCCGCCACCUCAAGAGUUUUCAGACUGUAGGUAUGACAACCUGGAGGACCUUGCAAAAGACAUAGCAUCCUGUCAGAUCGACGUCUCUGGAAAUACGGACAGACAGCAGGGGCUGAUCAGUCCGCCCCCCUCCAUGAGACACCAUAAAGACUCAGGCUGCCCCUACUCGACCGACGGUGAUGACGGUGGCCACCUGGAGUCUUUUUUUGAUCAAAUGUCGGAAUCGGACAACUACGAACCCAUGUUCAUGAGACCAUCCUCAUCCGUGAGCUGGUCCAGCUACACCAAAGAAUUCAUCCAAAACCACGAGAUGAAGACCCAGAUGCGUAACAACAGCAUAUCCACUGUAGAGCGUAAACCUUGCUCAUCGUCCAGUUAUCUACAGAAGCCAACCAAGAGACGCCGGACUUUCCCUGGGGUAGAAGAAGAACCAAGUCGGAUUCAGGAAGGCAUGCCGUCUUGGGUUGGAAGGGAGUCGUUUUCAUCGGACACCAUCUCCUCUUACAUAAAGGAAUCCCUUUCACUGCAAGCACAGAAACUGAGUAAAUGUCCAGCAGACUCCCAAGAAGUCGAGAGACUUUAUUCCAUUAAUGUGGAGAAUUGUAAAUUAUCCAGUAGCAACUGCAGACCCAGCUCCAGCAAUGCAAACAGACAUGUUGAGCCUCAACGACAAAUGAUCAAUACAGUCUAUUUACCCACAGCCGAGGAGACCUCCAAGAAAUAUACAUUAUUUCCAGAGCUAAAGCAUCCACUAUAUGAAUACCCAAGAGAACCUGAUAUGAGCUUUGGAGAUAAUCCAUUUGCAGAUAUACAUUUUGGAGAUAAACAGAUCGAGGUGGCAGAGAGUGGCUUUGAUGAAGAAAUGGGGGAGGCUGAGGACCACAGCACACAUCCCACCAUGAAAGAGUUCAAUCAGAGAGACCUGCUCAUUCAAGUCAUCCCCCCAUCGCGAACAUGCUCCGAGGAGCACAUACCUGAAAGCAGUCCCUCCAGAACAUUUUCAAACGGGGGGAACAUGGGUGUGGUAACCAAAACGUCAUGGCAACAGAGUGCCGUUAAUGAUCACCUUCAACCCAGACAAAGAAGGGGCUCUGUCAUGACCUUACAAAUUGGAGAUACUGAGCAAAGGUUCCUGCAGAACGAUUCCAAAACAGCAGAGAGCUCAGCUCUGAAUAGUGCUCAGUGGGAAGCCUUCAAUGUCAUCUCCGAGGCUCCGUCUGUUUCCUCCACACAGGAAAUGGAGGAGAUGGAUCCGGAGAUCCCAAAUGAGUCUACAGAGGAAGUCAUACUCACCAGUCACAGGUCAUUCACUGUAAGAGGUAGUAUCUCUAGCCCUGCUCUUUCACAGAUCGAAGAGGAUAAAGAACCUAACUUAGAAGAAAAUAAGGCUGAAGAUUCAGGCAUGGCAACUUCAGAGGCACCCAGCCUAUCUCAAGAAUCCCCCGAUCAGGAGACAGUAAACAAACAGAAGCCGAAGUUGUAUCAGAUAGAUUCUACAGAAAAAAAAAGCGUGUCCAAAUCCUCAUUGGAGGUAGACAGCGGCCCAGAGCCCUGGGCCAGAAGACGUAAUCUUUUCAAGGACAGCAAACAGUGGAGCUCUGCAGGAGGAAGCUCCAUAAACAGCAGCAUCAAUGAGGAGUCAGGAAUAUCAGAAGACAGUCGUUCCAUGGAUAUGGCAGCAAAGGACCUUGGGGAUAAGGGUUUCUACACAGAAACGUUCCACUCGGCGUCGUGGAUUUACAGUGGAGACGACAUCAGCCCAACUGCUGCGCCAGUCCCACCCGGCCUCCAACCCAGAACUGGAAGUCAAACACGAACUGUCACAAUUCGCGAGAGGACGGUCAAGAUAUGGAAAGGAAUGGGAGACUAUCCCUGGGGGUUCAGAAUACAGUUCUCCAAACCUAUUGUGGUAACAGAGGUCGACACAAAUGGAGCAGCCGAGGAGGCGGGGCUGUUGGUGGGAGAUUUUGUCAUAGCUGUCAAUGGGAUCGAUGUCACCAGUAUCCCCCACUCGGAGGCAGCUGACUUGGCUAGACAAGGCCCAGACCUCCUGACCUUGACCAUUGGAUCAGACAUUGCCCGGAGCCCCAACACCCCUAGACUGACCUGCCGGGGCUACCUCCAUAAACGCACCCAGAAGGGCCUGAUCAAGGGCUGGAGAAGAAGGUGGUUCGUGCUCAGACAUGACAGUUAUCUGUACUACUACAGACAUAAAAAAGACGAGGGGAGAAAGCGAGCUCUGUCAUCUUUUAAACUAGAGGGGGCGGAGGUAAAAGGGGACCCUUCCCUGGGGAAACCAUUCGUGUUCAAGUGCUGCCCUCUGUUGGCAAACCGAGCGUACCACUUCUCUGCUACAUCUAACCUGGAGAUGAAAAGAUGGUUGGACGCAAUGGAAAGAGCUGUUCAUCCAAUUACACAGAAUCACGUGUGGGUGGAUGUGACUCGGCACAACGCCAGCCUUCCCCCGCUGGCUGUGAAGAACCCGGAGUGUCUGGGUCUGCUUCACCAGAUUGACAGGAACAAUAAGGAUGCAUGGGUGCAGCAUUAUUGCAUUCUGAAGGAUGGCUGUCUGUACUUUUACGCCGGCAUCCGCUCAACUCACGCCCUCGGUGGGAUUUACUUGCAUGGAUACACGAUAAGAGACCAGCCCUUGGGAUCCAAGAAAUCCACCAUUGAACUGAAACCUCCGUCUAAUGAAUUCAAAACCUUCUACCUUUGUGCUGAAAACCCAGCCGAAAACAAAAGGUGGAUCUCGGCUUUAAAAACGUCCUCGAACAAAUGGCUUCCAUACCAUCAGGCCAUUCAGGACUAUAUGAAUCGACCACCAGAGGAGACCAGAAUGUGAGCUUGAGGGAGACACAUCACAACAAAACUUAAUGCAAUUGUACUGCAAUAGUUUAUGGUUUGGUUUAACCACAAGCAUGUUAAUGGAUGACUUCCCUCACAUCAUGUUAUGAUGGAAAAUGAUGCUGACAUGGAAAGGCAUAUUUUCAUGGAGAAAUGCACUGAAUUAUUGUGAACUGCCUCAAUACUGUCCGUUUGACAUUCCGUUGAAGCAAAUUUUAUGCAAAAUGUGUGUACUGUACUUAAGCACAGGUUUAUGCUAGCCAGAUUACAUAAUCUGUGUGCAAGAAUACAGACAGAUCUGGGACCAGUCUCAGUCUUGAGGACUGGAUGUUCAAAGCAAUUACAGCAUGUUCGCUUCAGUAGCGUUUACUGGGUUUGUAAGUGAUUGCCCUUUGGGCACACAAACUGAACUGUCAUGUUUGUACUUACAUAGUUUUGUCUGAAAUAAUAUUCUGAGUAGACUGGAGUAGUGCAGUUUACACUGGAACAAUUAGAAAUAUUUGCACAGAUCAAUUGACAUUAAGUAACUUUUUUUGUAAAACUGCUGCUAUUUUUAUGCUUUAAAUAAUUUGUAUUUGGUCAUUUAAUGUAUCUGGCAUUAAGCAUUUUUUACUCUUUGUAAAAAUAAAUGUAAUAAUAGUUGUCUGUAGGGUUUUAAUUGUUGAUACGGGCUCCAGUAUCUAGAUACUGGUAGCUUUCCUAGUCUUUCCGCACUCAGCUAUUUCAGGUAUGAUGAGAUUGGCUGAACAAUAAGCAAAUAAAUGAUAUGACAAACUUUCACCUCAGAACACUUUUAUUAUCUGAUACUGCGAUACAAUAGCAAGAAACAAAACAUUUAAAUGUUAUAUGAUGGUCAAGCAGGCUAAGCUGUUAUGAUUUGAA